AUGUCGAACGAUGACAGUAACCGCCGCGGUCCUGGUGCUCCUGCAACCGGCCCGCAGAGCGCAGCCCCUACUGCACCACCCUUGCCGUCCUAUAUGAUGGCUACCACUGCCAGCCUAGCCGACCCUGCUUCUGGCCAGAACAGUGCUUACGCUGAUUCUGGCAUGAACUCUGUAGUCGAUCAGUUUGCAGGCAUGGGCCUUGGAACUGGCCUUCCCCCUCUUCCAGGUUACCCUCCCAGCGUUCCAUUGAUGCCCCAUGGCGGCGGUCUCUCUUACUCGCCUGCGCUGUACAAUGGACCGUUCCCUUCCCCCAACGGUAUCAUGCCUGGCACCAAUGGUGGAGUCUGGCUGCAGAACGGCAUCAAGUGGCCGACUAGUGACAUUCCUUUCAUCAACGAGUUCCAACGCGUCAACCAGCAUCAACAGAAUGCGGAAUUCGCCAAGUCUCAGCGCGAACAACUUGCCAAGUACUAUGAGAGCAUUGGAAUCAACUGUGAGCUUCCACCUCUGGAGAAUCGACGCUCGUCGUACUCCACUACUGAGUCGACCCCCGCUACACCCUUCUAUGGUAGUACCGCCUCUCGAGAUGUCGGCACUCGAGUUGCUGUCUUCGACCGCGGUUCUUCAGCUUACACAACUCCAUCUCCCCCUCAGAUCACCUCCAAUGAUUUGAUCGCUCUGCCUAAGAUGGCAUCUCCUCGCCUUCCUGCCCCUGACCGCGAGCUUCGUGAGCUUCUCGCUCUCGAUCCGUCGAUCCCUCCCGCUGUUCCCGCAGUUUUCACUCCUCGUGAGAACAUGAAGACUCUGGAGCAGAGCUUGGUCAAUCACAUACCGGGCAAUCGCAACGUUUACAUUCGUGGCUUGCACCCUACCACAGACGACGACCUUCUUCUGAAGUAUGCCGAGCGCUUCGGUAUUGUCGAGACCUCAAAGGCAAUCAUUGACACCGGCACUGGUGCAUGUAAGGGCUUUGGCUUUGCCAAAUUCAAGGACAUCAAGGAUUCGGAGGCUUGUAUCAGAGGCUUCUACGCCAAGGGCUAUGAAGUCGGCUUUGCACGGGUAAUUACCCACCAAGAUAAGCCCUCUGGAGGCCCUAUCGAUCCCAUCGAUCCCAUCGAUUCCAUCGAUUACAUGUCCGAGGCUAGUGCCGAUGCAAGUGCCUAUCGUAGUUCUGAUCCGUUGAACUCUGCCUUCCCCCUCGUCAUGCCCCGAGCUGUGAAGAUGUGCGGUUGCCACUGUAACGAGCACACCAGCUUCUUUACUAACUUUGACCCCUGGGACCAGGAGUCAUUUAACUCCAGACUCAAGGCCGAGGGCGAUGAGAGCUCCACAAACCUCUACAUCUCGAAUCUUCCCAAGUCUGUCAGCGAGACUGAUCUGGCCACUGUUCUAUGCAACUACACGAUUCUAUCGGCCAAAAUCCUUCGCGAUAACCUUGGCAACAGUCGUGGCGUCGGCUUUGCACGAUUCGAGAGCCGUGAGAUCUGUGACGAGAUCAUCGAAAUCUACACUGGCCAGCCUCUUGGUGAGGAAGCUCUGCCCAUGCAGAUCCGAUAUGCCGACACUCCUGCUCAAAAGGAGCUCAAGCGUAUCACCUCUGAGCGUCGACAGUUCCGCACAAACGAGUACAACGUUGGCGCCUAUGGUACCCCUCUUGUUGGUAUGUCUCCUACCAUUUAUAGCCAAGCGGGCUGGAAGCAACGAGGGAUCAGCAGUGGCUCGACACCCUUCCCUCGGUCGUCUUUCACUCAUGUGAAGGAUGCCAAGCUUGGUGCAGAAAGAAUGUCGUCGAGCAAUAUCACCGCUGGUGACAGCCCGGCCUCAGAGAACGGAUCUGGAGACGAAGGGAUUACAAUUCAUGUUGAGUCUCCAGUGGUAGCCAAUGGUAGCACUCGCUCUUCACCAAUCAAGAAGGAGAAAGAUUAG